CAGCCACAGUGCAGGACAGCGGUCGGCACCCCUCGGCGGCCAUGGACCGGGCUCCAAACCUGCUUCUCCUCUGCAUCUUCACCUUUGCCAUGGUCCUGGUUCCUGAAGCCAAGGACCAGAGCAAGGCAGCCAAGGGCAGGAGAAGGGGCCUGGCACGAGCACCAACAGCCCCCCCUGCCCUGGCCUGGGCCCCGGACGAGCCCUACAGCAGCAUGGCAGAGUACGAGCACAGCAUCCAGGACAUGGUGAGCCAGCUGAGGAACGGCUCCGAGCCGGGGGACACCAAGUGCCAGGUGAACCUGAGGCUCUGGAGGUCCAACCGGAGGAGCCUGUCCCCCUGGGCCUACAGGAUAAACCACGAUGCCACCCGGAUCCCAGCAGACAUCCCCGAGGCCCGGUGCCUGUGCAGCGGCUGCAUCAACCCCUUCACCCUGCAGGAGGACCGCAGCAUGGCCAGCAUCCCCAUCUACAGCCGCCUGCCCGUGCGCCGCCUGCUCUGCCCGGCCCCGCCGGGGCACAGGGCCUCGGGCAAGAAGUGCCACAAGAAGUACCAGAUGGUGAUGGAGACCAUCGCCGUGGGCUGCACCUGCAUCUUCUGAGGCUGCAAAGCUACACUCUGCAGCUCCCUCAGUGCUGGGCAUCUAACCAGCUUGCUCUUGCUUCCCCAGCUUGCCCAGCCCUUUGGGAGAGGCCACCUGGCUGGGCAUCAGGGUGAGGGGAGGUCCCUGUGCAAGAGCUCCUCAAAAUUCCCCUGCAGACUCUGUCAGCCUCAGCCCCAGCAGCUGCUUUGGGGACACCCAGUGCAGAGGCAGCGCCUGG